AUGCUACUUCCGAGGAAGUCGAUGGAGGAUACAGAGUUGAUGGGCUACUUUGUGCCGAAGGGGAUACAAAUACUUGUGAACGCAUGGGCAAUCCAUAGGGACCCGGCAGUGUGGCCUGACCCACUGUCCUUUAAGCCCGAGAGGUUUUCGGACUCUGAUGUGGACUUCAGGGGCCAGCACUUUCAUCUGAUCCCGUUUGGUUCGGGCCGACGGAGCUGUAUUGGCCUUAAUCUGGGCCACAGAAUGGUGGGCCUGACUGUGGCCAGUUUGUUGCAAGAGUUUGACUGGAAGCUUGCGGAGCCAGAUGAGCUAGAUAUGAGGGAAAUGGUGCGCUUGACCUUGCGAAAGAAGGUGCCCUUGAAAAGGCCCGAUACGGGCCAAGUCAUGCGGCUCUGGCUUGGGUGUGUCAACACUUUCAUGGUCAAUAAUACAAAGCACCCGCCGAGCUCUUCAAGAAAUGCGAUCUCCAAUUUUCUUGCCGGAAAAUGCCUGGCUUGCUCAUGGCCAUUGGGUACAACUGGGAAUCUGUGGUCACGGGGUCUACUACUGGCGGAAGGCGAUCGACAGACCUAUCCUUCGGGCUUUUGGUUGAUCCAGUAAAGGUCCGGUUGUAUUAUUGGGCUCGCUUGGUCAUCUGGAACUUCAUCGUUAAUGGGGGCUUACUUGGGGUAUGUUCACAACAUAUGCAACAACAUAAAAUGGGGAAUGGCUGAAGUACUCCACCACCCAAACUCGGUGAAAAAGGCCCAUAGCUGGAGAGUUCAAGAGGAUGGCCUGACCCAGAUUCCAUAUUUACAGGCAACCUUGAAGGAAUAAUUACAUUGAUUACACACCAAAUGAUACUCCCAAGUCCCAAGCAGUACAAAAAACUCUGUUUCUACAAUACUAUGUUUUUAGCAUGUCAUGGCAAUCAGAUAUUAUAUGUAUAGUGAUGAUGCAAUAACAUAUGUAGCACUAAAUAUAUCAAUUACACAGGUACACUGCCAAAUAGCACAAAAAUAUGGAGCAGUACAUUUAUGUGUGUAUGAAUAUAUAUAAUUAUAUAUAUACAUACAAAUAUGUAUGUGCUUAGUCUGAAUGACAAACAAUUUAUUUACUUCAACAAUUUAUGCGCUUAGUCGGGAUCACAAACAGUGGAUUCUUCUUCCUAAGUGUCAACCCCAACCGUUCCUCCCUGUCAAUGUCCUCGGGCUUGAUGCCUGGCCCGAGAUCCCAAUCGAACGACUGAACCAGGGUUGCCAUUGCCAGGUGGACCGUCCGUCGGGCCAGCUGGUACCCGACGCAGAUCCUCCGGCCCGACCCAAAAGGAAUCAACUCAAAGUGCUGCCCAUUGUACUCAAUGUUGGACCCCAGGAACCUCUCGGGCCUGAACUCGAGUGGGUCGGGCCAGACCUCCGGGUCGCGCCCAAUGGCCCACACAUUGACAAACACCUGAGUGCCUUUAGGGAUAUGGUAGCCCAUGUAGUUGGUGUCCUCUUUGGUAUUCCUGGGGAGAAGCAGUGGCGCCGCUGGGUGGAGGCGGAAGGCCUCCUUAACGACUGCUUGCAGGUAAGGCAUGUUCUCGAUAUCCUUCUCCUCGACCCGCCGAUCCACGCCCACGACCCGGUCCAGCUCUUCCCGGACCUUCUUGAACGUGUGCGGGCUUCUCAGGAGCUCCGCUAAUCCCCACUCGAUACUGAUGCUUGUGGUCUCGGAUCCCGCUGACAACAUUUCCUGAUCAUUUUCACCAUCAUCGAUAUGAUAUUAUUAUGCACGUUUAUCUUAGCGACACGUUUUACAUGUUGAUAAAAAGGACCACACAUUCCUAGGAAAGCAACAACCGACUCACUCACGUGAUCAGGAGGGACCAUUACACUCACCGUGAGAACGAUGUUGAUAUUCUUCUCGGUAAUCCUAUCUGGCCUGUCCUUCUCGUCCGCCUCGUACUCGAGCAGAACAUCCAGAAAAUCCUUCCUAUCCCGGACUUUCCCCGCCUUGCGCUCGUCCAGCCUCUCCUGGAUGAACCUGGAUGUUAUUCGCAUCACGACAAUCAUAUGCCUCUUCAUCUCCCGUUUCAUUCGGGCCGGGUCCAUCCACUUCAGCCACGGCAAGUAGUCGGCUAUGUUGGGUGUCCCCUGAAGCUCCAACCCCCGGUUCACGCAGUCGAAGAACUGCCUCAACUCGGGAUCCUUGGCAUCUAGCAGGUCCCUCGACAGCAUCAUAUUCCCCAUUAAGUUAAACGCCAUCAGGAACAGAAACCGGCUGAGCUGGACAGCCCCCGUCCCUCCGCGGGCAGACUCCUCGAGGAUCCACCGCUCCAUUUCGUGGCAGAGGCGGUGUCGGAGGCCGGCGGUCUCGUUCACGCGCCUGCUGACGAGGAACUCCGCGGAGCAGAGGCGGCGUAGGGCCCGCCAGUAGGGCCCGAGCUGGCUCAUGCUGAGGGACCCGCUGCUGAAGUCGAAGGCGGUGAUCACGUCGGGGACCUUGCGAUCGGCGAAGGCGAGGUCGUGCUUCUUGAAUAGCUCUGCAGCGGCUGUCGAGCUCUGGACGACCAUUGUCUCGACGGAGCCGAGCUUGAGCCAGAGGACGGGGCCGUGGGGCCCCCGCCAACGGUGCAUGGACUGGUGGGGAAGGUCGCCCAGCUGGAGGAGGUUACCGAGGAUGGGGAUGCCCCUGGGCCCGGGAGGUGUCUUGCCGGCGGGCUUGGGGCGGAGGAAGAGUAGGCCGAGGAGGAGGAGGCAUGCGAGGAGGGAGAGGCUGGAGAGCGGGUUGAUCGAGUUCAUGGGCCAAUCCAUUUUUAGUUUUUGUCUCUAUGUUGUGAUUGUUGGGUGCCUAACUGCCUAUUAAAUUAUUAGCUUAGAUAUUUUGAGGGUAGACCUAUUGAACUAUUAGCUAAGAUAUUUUGAGGGCAACUUUAUG